AUGGGUUAAUAAGCAUCGUGUUGUAGCUGUAAUUACGACUCUUCUAAAUAGGAGAUUGACUUUGACAAGGCUUAAAAUAUUCAGCCUUCCUUCAAGGGGUCAAAUCCUCCUGGGUCACUUAGAUCUGAUGGUAAAUACAGUAAUCGAAAGAAACCUUCUGGAAUAAAUGUGUCUAAUUUAACAAACUCUUAGAAUCCCCAACCUAAAAAUCAUCUCUAGACAAAUAACUUGGAAAAUUAGUCGUUUGGUAAAAAAUAAUCCAGAGUAGAAGUUCAUUAAUUCACGCAUAGUAAUAAUGAUGGAUUCAAUAUUGAUAUGAGAAAUAAAGGCAUUUCUAUGUAAGCACCUCAAAAUGCUUUUAAUUAGGCUAAUGAGUACAUAGAGAAAGAGCCGGAAAAGCCAGGUCAUAAGAAAGGGGAAUAUUCAGUGGAUAAUCUUAAUAACUAGAUUUUAAAUAGACCUGGCACCUUCGAUCCUGUAGGAAAAUCCAAAACUGAAGUUUUGUAAGGAUAGACUUAGACAUUAAAGGCCGGAGUAUCAUCUAUAGUUAAUCCGAGGUAUAUUGAUAAUACUUGGUUAAGCUCUUUUAAAGUACUUAAAGUUUUAGAAAAAGAGGUAUUCUCAGAGCUUUAUCUAAUAAAAAUGUCUUCUCCCUAAUCUAUAGCAGGCGAAUUAAGAGUAAUGCGGAAGAUUCGAAAAGUCAUGUUCCAAGAGACCAAUUCAGGGAUAGAGGAUUUUAGAUUUUCUCUUGAAGAGCUCUUAUAGUUGGAGCACCCAAAUAUAGCCUAAAUUUAUGACUACAAAGAGGAUUCUUACAAUUUUUACGUUGUUAUUGAAUAUUGUUAAGGAGGGAAAUUAUUUAGAAAGAUUGAAGAGCUAACUGAGAUGACAGAAAAUUUAGCUGCUGAAAUAUGCCGCCAGAUUCUAUCCUCUAUUGUUUAUAUCCACUCGAAAAGUUAUGUAUAUAGAAAUCUAAAUCCAGAUGUCUUACUUUUAGAGACAGAUGAGAAUAUUGUUGAUGGAUUUAAUCUUAAACUUGUUAACUUGGAUUUGCAAUGUGCAUUAUCAUAAGCGAAUCCUUAAUUAUGCUCGAUACCACUUUAUUUUCAAUCACCAGAGACAUUGAAAUUAAAGAAGUAUACCGAUAAAUUGGAUGUUUGGUCAACUGGAGUUCUGCUCGCUAUUUUACUGACUGGUGUCUCCCCGUAGCUUAUGGACGGGAGCUCAUUUUAGUUGGUGAGUUGUAUCAUUGAGGGUCGGUUUGAUUUUGGAUCUCAUUAAUGGUCUGAAAUUUCUCCUAAUGCGAUUGAGCUCGUGAGAAAACUGCUAGAUUUAGAUGAUGAUAAGAGGAUUAAAGCAGUCACGGCCCUUAAUGAUAAAUGGCUUCUGAAUAUAACAAAGGCUAAGAGAAACAAUUAGCGGAAGAUUCUAAAUCAAUAGGCGGAGCUCAGGUUCUAUCAGUCUAUUUGUGAAAUGAUCUAAUAGCACUAAAUUAACAAAGAGGAGGAGAAAGCUGUGACAUAAGUUUUUAGGACAAAGGAUCCUAGUGGCCUAGGAGACUUAAAAAUGGACCAGAUCCGAGAAGCCUACUCAGAAUACUGCGGUAGAUUUGUUGAAAAAGAAGAAAUUGACAAGCUUUUAGAAAAUUGUACUGUUUUUGUUUCAAAGGGUGGAAGUAUUAAAUAUUCUCAAUUUGUCUAAGUAAAGAGCAAAAAAGCGAUGGAAUUUUAGAAAAAUAUUGUUAAGAAAAAUUUCACGAUGCUAGACUAGAAGAGAUUUACUGGUGACCCUGGGGAUUUGCUGAUUAAGCCUAAUCUUCUGGCCAAAUAGGAAGUUCGUAAAAUGCUUGGAGCAAUCAUAACUUCUAAUAAUGAUUAAACCGAAAAUUUUUUCAAAGACUUCGACAAGGAUCAAGAUGGUUUCUAAACAAUAGAUGAAGCAAUCGCAAUGGUUAUACAUGUAGUUAAUCAUCUCUGA